AUGGAUACUAAAGGAGAGCUCCGCGCAGGCAAGGAUGCGAAAAAAUCAACCCUCUCCUUCCAAGCUUAUGGAUAUGGCUUGGGAAGUCCUCUCUCCACAGGAGCAGCCGACAAAACAAUCAAAUGUUCAACCCAUUUGAUCAAGACCAACCAAUUACAGGGCUAUGGGGACAAAUGGAAAUCCGAUCCUCAGCCAAAUCUACCAGAACCUCUGCGAUCUGAAACCGGUCCCAAGAUGCGUGGGCUUGUUGAACUCCGACAUGAUAUGGUAUUUUAUCAUCGUUUGUCUUACUGGAUAAAUAAGGCAUUCUUGCCAGAAGCAUCAUUAAUUGCUGAGCGAGCAGUGAAGUAUAUGGAGAGGAAAGGUUCGACUGCUGUUAAAGAAGCAACAGACCUGGAGGCAAAUGUGAUUAUAGCUGCCCGCACAGUUUCCGUCAAUGCGCUCCCCAACACCCAUCAAGACAGAAACAAUGCAUUUUUGAUGGACAGUGCUUUUUUCUUUGGAAAUCAUAUUGGUGGAGAGUUUCUUCUUCCUUCCUUAGGCCUAGCAUAUCCCGGUUCACAAGGCCAUUCCUUUCAUGGACCAUUCCGUAUUCUCUUCCAUGGGGUAGCGCAAUUUUAUUUUUCUGAAGAGACCAGCAAUCCCAGGCGGUAUUCUGUUGCGAUGUGGAGUCGGGCUUCAUCCUUUUCAGCAAUUGCUCAAUAUUCUGCGCAUAAGGAAGGCAAUAAGAAGUUUAGCACGACCAAUUUUGGCUACCAGUUUAUCCAGAGUACAACUCCACACAGGUUUCAGGUCUUCUUAAGGCUCAGGUGA